AUGCUCGGUGAAUGCACCCUGCGCCAUCGCAUAGCCAUGGCUCCGCUGACACGAAUGCGAGUCGACGAUGACGGUGUUCUAUCACCGCACACGCCCCUCUACUACCGCCAGCGUGCAAGCGAGGGCGGCUUAAUACUGAGCGAGGCGACUCUCCCAGCGCGCGAGGCAGGCGGCCUCCCCCGACUCCCUGGCAUAUACACACAGCGGCAGAUAGAGCGCUGGCGCCAAGUCGUCGACGGCGUGCACGAAGCUGGUGGAUAUAUCUUCUGUCAGCUGUAUGCACUCGGUCGCAUCGCUGACCCUGCACUCGUCAACGUGGUUGGCAUGUCGCACGACGUUUACAACGGUAACAUCGUCUCCCAGCUCUCAGAGACGGAUGUGCGCAGAUACAUUAGCCAUUUCAGUCAGGCGGCUGUAAAUGCCGUCGCAGGCGCACGUUUCGAUGGCGUAGAAAUACAUGCAGCUAACGGAUAUCUGCUCGAUCAGGCUAUACAGCUCUCACAUACGCGCACGGACGGCUUCGGCGGUCUCAAUAACCUCGCUUUCCCAUUCCAGGUCGUAGAAAGCACGGCUAUGGCGGUGGGUGAACGCAGAACUGGCGUGCGUAUCUCCCCUUUCUCCAGAUACCAGGGUAUGAGAGCGGGCGAAGAUCCUUACUCUGCUUUCGAACCUUUGGUGCGAAUCCUCGUACAAAACUUACCUAACCUCGCCUACAUACAUUUUGUGGAAGGGUUCAGCGACCAAGAUAUUAAAAUGGGGGAUGAACUCAAGUCACAGAUUAAGAUGGCGGGUAUCCCCGUCAUUUCCAACUUGUGUUAUGCACUCGAUGUGGCUAAUCGUAGAGCUGAGGAGUUUGACGAGAUUGUGGCGUUUGGAAAACACUUUGUCAGUAACCCAGAUCUUCCAGAGCGGUUGCGGAACGGUUGGCCACUCAAUGAGCCUGAUAGUACGACUUACUACAGCGGAGGCGAAAAAGGAUACACAGAUUACCCAUUCUACAAACCCCAAUAG